AUGCUGCAGGACAACAUACACCUGACAGUCGAUCUGAAACAGUACUCCAUUCAUGCGUUGGAAAUACCGCUUUUAAAAAGGAACAUUUCGACGUCAAGGAGACUCCGCAGUGAGGAGUUAUUCGUUCAUAGAGACAGUAAGGACAACAAUCCGCUUACGCCUUUUGAUUUCUCCGAGGCGAAUCUAAAGCGACUGUCAGCGAUGAUUCAAAACUAUCCAGAAGGCGCUCAGCGGUCGGCUUUGGCGGCAGCUUUGGAUAUUGCUCAAAGACAGAUCGGAUGGGUACCCAUAUCGGCCAUGCACAAAGUUGCUGGGCUUCUGAGUGUACCAAGAAUGAGAGUGUACGAGUGGGCCACAUUUUAUACUAUGACCAAAAGGAGAUUCAGAGGCAAGUUUAAUGUGAAAGUGUGCGUCACCACGCCAUGCAUGCUGCGCGGCUCUGAUUGUAUCCUGCAGGUGGUGGAGGAAGCGACGUGUUGUGCUGCGGGCGACGUGUCUAAGGACGGGCUGUUUGGUGUGGACAUCGUGCAGUGUCAGGGAGCCUGCGUCAAUGCACCCGUCGUAGUGGUUGAUGACGAUUACUACGAAGACGUGACUAUUACAGAUGUACAAAAUAUCAUAGAGUGCUUAAAAACAGGUGGAAUACCACAGUGCGGACCCUUAUCUGGAAGAUUUGCAUCAGAGCCUAUAACGGGGCUAACAACUUUGGUCUCACCUCCACCACAGCCUGGUUUCGGUCUUCAAGAAGCUCUUUAUAUCCCUCCGUCUAGUUCAUGA